AUAUAUAUAUAUAUAUAUAUAAAAUCUUAGAUUGGAUUCAAAAGAAGGUCUACUCUACUUGGAAACAUUCUCUCUCUCUCCAUGUAUGCCUGGCUGUUUGUAAGAGAUAUUUUCUUUGUAGUGCGGAAUUAGAAUUCAAAGAUUUCCGGAUUAGAAAGGACAAGAUUGCUUUUAUGCUUAAAACAGCCAUCACAUAACAUUCCCAUGGAGCAACGUAAGUUUAUAAAUCGAGUCCAUUAAUUAUAAAACUAAAUCAUCUUUUAGAAAUACAAAAGUAAUCUUUAAAAUCUCUUCUUUUCUUUUACUUAUAUAUACCACCUUAGGUCGUUCUGGAAACGUCGAGGCUUAAAGUUGCCAGGAAGGUACGAGUUAACAAAGCGUCAGUAUCGUUCCUAACACGACUAACAGCAGCAAUAGUAACAAUAAUAGUCAAGAUGUGAAAAAACCUGUGAUGGCAGGCAAUAAAUACAUAUACAACAGUCUACUGAUAGCCAGACAACCACCCAACACGACCUAUCAACCACAAUCAAGUAGUAAGCCGUCGAACCAAUCACCAAAGCAAGAAAAGAGCGAGAAGAAAAAGGAAAAAGAUCAUACAAGAAACACAUCAAAAUCAUUCAACGCCUUCUUAAAGGACACAAACGAUGAGUGGAGUGAUGAUAUUGCGCCUCUCAGCAUAAACCAAAUGAUCGAACCAGAUCAUCAGAUGAUAAGUACUGCAGUUUUCUCAGAUGCUGCAAAAAAAAACAAGAGGAAAUCAACAAAUCCAGAUGGUACAAAAGAGUAUGUUCAAGAGCUGUUGCUAGAUCCAACCUUUUUAUUAAAAUGGUUGAAUCCAGAGGAGACAAAAGAUCCUGUUAGAACAAAAAAGUUUAAAGAUGUCUUGUCGGUGUCCAAUGUUGAUUUAGCUGCACUGCGAUCACUUAGUUGGAGCGGAAUACCAGAAGAAUUGAGAAUGAUUGCUUGGCAAUUGUUGCUAGGUUACUUGCCAUGUAAUUCAGCAAGAAGAGAAGCAACAUUAGCAAGAAAACGUAAAGAAUAUCUGGAUAGUGUGGCAGGAACCUAUGCACGAGGGACAGCAGGACUAGACCAAGCUUUAUGGCAUCAGAUUCAUAUCGAUAUACCCAGAACGAAUCCCGGUAUUCCUUUAUAUCAAAAUGAAGUGACACAGAUGUGCCUAGAAAGGAUUCUCUACCAAUGGGCUAUUCGUCAUCCAGCUAGCGGGUAUGUGCAAGGCAUCAAUGAUUUGGUAACACCAAUUUUUGAAGUCUUUUUGUCGGCUUAUAUUGAUGAAGACCCUGAACAUUACAAUGUCAGUCAAUUGAACAAGGAAAUAUUAUCUGUGAUCGAGGCAGAUAGUUUCUGGUGUCUAUCCAAAUUAUUAGAUGGUAUUCAAGACAAUUAUACUUUCGCGCAGCCAGGCAUUCAAAGGCAGAUAUUGACGUUAAAAGAGUUGGUCUCUCGCAUUGACGCUCGGCUUACACAGCAUUUACAAAACGAAGGCAUUGAAUUCAUCCAAUUUGCAUUUCGAUGGAUGAACUGCCUGCUGAUGAGAGAACUUCCAUUACGUAGCACCAUACGAAUGUGGGAUACAUAUCUAGCAGAAGGAUCAUCCGAAGGGUUUUCUGAGUUCCAUGUCUAUGUUUGCGCAGCCUUUUUGGUAAAGUGGUCUAACCAAUUACAAAAGCUAGAUUUUCAAGGCGUCAUGAUCUUUCUCCAACAGUUACCGACACAAGGAUGGCAAGAAAAGGAUGUAGAAUUAUUGUUGUCUGAAGCUUAUAUGUGGAAGACACUCUUUCAUAAUGCUCCAAACCAUUUAAAAAAAUAACGAAUAAAUUAUGUAAAUAAUGUAAAAUGUCCAACAAGACAUCGACUAAAUUUUAUUGAAUACAAAUUUAUAACGCAUGUCCCAUUCGAGAUGCAAGUGGGAAAGACAGAUAAACAAAGCUGAAAAAAAAGAGUUGAAUAUUAAAAAGAGACUUAGGGAAAGCUUUAUACAAGAGAAUUCAAG